AUGACCGAUGAAAACAAUGCUAAAAUACCAUUACUGCCACCAACUCUACCCCGUUGGUGGCGUGUAUUACCAUCACUUAUUCUCCUAAUAACGAUUGCUAACAUUGAUAAUUUAAUUCUAAAUGAUUUCGUUGAGGAUCGUUAUACAAAGUACUAUGAGUUGAAUACUUCAUCAACACAAAAUGAUCAUGAAUUAUGCUUAAAUGCUAGUCGAACAUCGCAUAACUCAACGCCAUCAUUUUUAACAACAACAUCAAAAUAUCCUAUAUCAACGACAAUACCAAUCGAUAAACAAAUUCAAGCAUCAACUGCUCGCUUAAAUGUUUUCCUAUCACUUGCUGCUACAUUACCUGCCAUUUUAACAUCAAUUUUUCUUGGUGCUAAUUGCGAUCGCAUUGGACGAAGACCUCUUAUUGCCUUGCCAUACAUUGGCAAAGUUAUACGUUAUGCGAUUUUAACAGCUGUCGCUUAUUAUAAUCUAUCAAAUAUAUGGAUCAUUAUAUUAACUAUGCUUGAUGGUCUUUCUGGAACAGCAGCUUUAAGUAUCUUAAGUUCAUUUGCUUAUGUAACUGAUUGCACAAAUAAGAAAAGUCGUACGUCCGCUAUUGUAAUUACAGAUGUUUGUCUCAGUUGUAGUCGAUUAAUACCAUCACUUACUAUGGGAUUCUAUCUACAACAUCCACAUUAUGUUCAAGCCAUGAUAUUCACAUUCGUCUUAAGUGUACUUGGUCUUAUUUUUUCUAUUUUUCUACAACCAGAAUCAAAUUUAACUGUUCAACAUUUAAAUAUUUUUCAACAAUUAAAAAGAAGUGAAUUUCGGCCAAUAGUAAAAUGUUUCCAAGUUUUCUUUGCUAAGCGUCAAGAUCAUAAACAAAGAUCAUUACUGAUGUUAGUUGCUAUACAUUUAUUGAUCAUUGUUAUGUUAUGUGGAAAUUUAGCUAUGUUCUAUAUUUAUUUGUAUGGAGCACCAUUUUGUUUGGAUUCAUUUGGUGUUAGUCUAAAUACUGCAUCACAAGUAUCUGCUACUAUUAUAUUAACAAUACCAUUUACAUUAACUAUUGCUAAACAUAAUGAUCACUUAGGAAUAGUAGUGCUCGGUUGUUUAGCGUUUAUGACACAAUUCGUUUUAUUAGGCACUGCUAAGCAUAUUUGGGCACUUUAUUUAGCUUUUAGUAUUGGUGGAGUAUUUUAUGUUUUAACGCCCAUCAUACGUGCACGUAUUACAAAAUUAGUUGAACCUGAGGAAUAUGCUGUAGUUUUUAUUCUUGCAAGUGUAUUUGAAUCAGGUGGCUAUUACGCAAUUAGUGCACUGACAAAUGAAAUCUAUGACUUAACAAUAUCAUUUUAUCAAGGUCUUGUGUACUUUUUUCUUGCACUUGUUGGUGCUAUAACAAUUGUUGUCAUAUCGAUUUUGUACUUUUUGGAACAUCGACCAACGACGACGACGAAAUCUUCAGCUUUAAAUGAAUGA